UUGAUGGCCUCGGCGGCUGGGACUGGAGAGCAAGGAUGCGAUAGAUCUGCCAUUCGCUGAUUUGGUAGUGAAUGCCUAACCGGGCCUAGAGAUAGUUGAGGACACCCGAGGGCAGAGCGAAUGGCCUGCGGGGUUCCGGUCGGCGCCUGAAGGGCCGUGGCCGGGCUCGCCAGAGGCCCGAGGGGUGACAUUUGUGUUCCGCCCUGGGGAAGGCACUGCCAAGUGACACCUCGCCUUUAAGGUUUUCCCUGUCCACAUUUCCUCUACUCAGGCUCCCACAUCGGGACUAGAAGGAGUCCACGGAUUCGCCACGGGUCUGUGGAAACGGCCCCGUGACUGUUGGCGAAGAUGCCAUACCUUGGCUCCGAGGAGGUGGUGAAGGAACUGAAGAAGGCUCUGUGUAACCCUCAUAUUCAGGCUGAUAGGCUGCGCUACCGGAAUGUCAUCCAGCGAGUUAUUAGGCACAUGACUCAGGGCUUGGACAUGUCUGGUGUUUUCAUGGAAAUGGUGAAGGCCAGUGCCACUGUAGAUAUUGUUCAGAAAAAGUUGGUUUAUCUGUAUAUGGGCACAUACGCACCUUUGAAACCAGACCUGGCACUCUUGGCUAUCAAUACACUAUGCAAAGACUGCUCCGACCCCAACCCAAUGGUGCGAGGACUGGCUCUACGGAGCAUGUGCAGCCUCAGGAUGCCUGGUGUGCAGGAAUAUAUCCAACAGCCUAUUCUUAAUGGUCUGCGGGAUAAGGCUUCCUAUGUCAGAAGAGUGGCAGUCCUUGGCUGUGCCAAGAUGCAUCAUCUUCAUGGAGACUCUGAAGUGGAUGGUGCUCUAGUCAAUGAGUUAUACAGCCUCCUGCGUGACCAGGAUCCAAUUGUGGUUGUGAACUGUCUGAGGUCUCUAGAGGAAAUUUUAAAACAGGAAGGAGGUGUUGUCAUUAAUAAGCCCAUUGCCCACCAUCUCUUAAAUAGAAUGCCAAAACUGGAUCAAUGGGGCCAGGCUGAAGUAUUGAACUUUCUGCUCCGCUACCAACCCCGCAGCGAGGAGGAACUGUUUGAUAUUCUCAAUUUGUUGGACAGCUAUCUCAAGAGCAGCAGCACAGGUGUGGUGAUGGGAGCUACCAAACUCUUUCUGACCUUGGCAAAAAACUUCCCCCAUGUACAAACUGAUGUGCUUGUACGAGUCAAGGGACCCCUGCUAGCUGCCUGUUCUUCAGAGAGUCGUGAGCUCUGCUUCGCUGCUCUCUGUCAUGUCCGCCAAGUCUUGCAUAGUUUGCCAGGUCACUUUAGCGGUCACUACAAAAAGUUCUUCUGCUCCUACUCGGAGCCCCACUACAUCAAGCUUCAGAAGGUGGAGGUGCUGUGUGAGCUGGUGAAUGACGAGAACGUGCAGCAGGUACUAGAAGAGCUCCGAGGAUACUGCACUGAUGUGUCUGUUGACUUUGCACAGGCUGCCAUCUUUGCCAUAGGUAGCAUUGCCAAGACUUACACAGACCAGUGCAUACAGAUUCUAACAGAGUUGUUGGGGCUCCAACAAGAGCACAUCACUACAGUGGUGGUGCAGACUUUCCGAGACCUGGUGUGGUUGUGUCCUCAGUGUACUGAAGCUGUGUGUCAGGCCCUGCCCGGCUGUGAGGGGAACAUUCAAGACACUGAGGGGAAACAGGCACUUAUUUGGUUACUUGGGGUCCAUGGGGAAAAAAUCCCCAAUGCUCCUUAUGUGUUGGAGGAGUUUGUAGAAAAUGUGAAGUCGGAGACAUUUCCUGCCGUUAAGAUGGAGCUACUGACUGCACUAAUGCGCCUUUUCCUCUUGCGCCCUGCGGAGUGCCAGGACAUGCUGGGACGGCUGUUACAUUACUGCAUAGAGGAAGAAAAGGAUAUGGCUGUACGAGACCGAGGUCUCUUCUAUUAUCGCCUCCUGUUAGUUGGCGUUGAUAAAGCUAAGCAGAUCCUGUGUAGUCCUAAGUCUGACCCUUCUCUGGGACUUUUGGAGGACCAGCCAGAACGACCUGUGAAUAGCUGGGCUUCAGAUUUCAACACAUUGGUGCCAGUGUAUGGCAAAGCCCACUGGGCAACUAUCUCUAAAUGCCAGAAGGGAGAGCCUCAUCGCCUUGAGCUGCCUCCCAAUGCAUCUUUGGCCACACCAGGUCACUUGAUUUCUGAAGAGAACAAAGAAGGAAUACAAGAAUCUCCUGAUCCUGAAGCUCUCGUGCUGGUCCCCAAUCUCCAGCUUACUGCUGAGUAUUUUGAGAAAACAUGGCUUAGCCUCAAAGUUGCUCAUCAGCAGGUGUUUCCUUGGCAGGGAGAAGUCCAGCCUGACACUCUCCAAAUGGCUCUAAGAGUAGUGAACAUUCAGACCAUCGCCAUGAGCAGGGCUGGAGCAAAGCCCUGGAAAGCCUACCUCAGCGCUCAGGAUGACACCGGCUGUCUCUUCUUAACUGAACUGUUGCUGAAGCCUGAGAACUCAGAAAUGCAGACCUCUGUGAAGCAGAGCGUAGCAAGGACUGAAACACUGCAUGGGUUCGUGUCUGUGUUAGAAACUGUGAUUGGAACCGUCGGAGACAUAAAAUCUUAACACUGUCUCGCUGCCUGCCUUGGGGUGAGAUGAACACUUUCAGAGUUCUUUCACUUUCUUACAGAGCUGCUGUGAGUCCACGUAUCAGAUGCAGAAGAGAGUGGGCAGUCUGGGAAUCCCGGCUCUAAUUUUUACCCUAAGUCUCUUCCCUGUUCCCUUCCAGCCUGGGAAUUGAUCCAAAUGGGAUUAAUCCCAUUUUUAAAGGAGAGUGUUACACAGUAGUCUUGGUAAGGGUAAGGAUAGGAUGGGGUUGUUUCUCUGAUCAUUUUAGGGAUUAUAAUUAUUAAAUAUACCUGGUGCCUGUGGAAAUUGGUAGCUGUCACCAUUUUUGAGGGUCUUUUUUUUUUCUUCAGUAAACUGUUCUUGUAUUAUUACUAGGCUGCUUUUUAGGUUAGGAUCCAAAAGUCCUUAAUAUGGUCUAAAGUACCUCUCCAGUGUCAUGGCUCCCCACUCCAGAAACAGCCUCUCUUCUGACACAGUGGUUUACCAAAGAAGAAAACAAAAGACUGGUUUAUUGUAAUCUCUGAGUGCUCCUUCAUCCCAGGCCUUAACAUCUGUUUCUCGCCUAGAGCAGUUCCUUGCUCUCAUGUCUCAACACGCAGUGUGUCUUUCUUAGUUGUGGGUCUUUCAGGGGUUUUGUGUGACUCUCUCUGCCUUGAUUAGGGCUCUGUACUCAAGCUGUCACAGCUGCCACUCAGGAACGGAGAGGAAGCUCAGGUGGUAGGGUGCUCGAUUAGCAUGCACAGACCCCAAGUUUGAGUUUUGGAGCACCACAUAAAAUGGAGUAUGGUGAUGCGUGCCUGGAAUCCCAGUGCUCAGGAGCUGGAAGCAGGAAGUUCAAGGUCAGUGUCAGCUACGGUAGGGUGCUUUGAGGCCAGUUUGGGAUACAUGAGACACUGUCAGCAAAAAAAGAGGAGUCCUGAUGAGAUGGCUCAUCAGGUGAGGUGCUUGCUACCAAGCUUGCAAACCUGAGUUGAUACCCAUGGCCCACAUUGGUUUUUUUUGUUGUUUUUUUGUUUUGUUUUGUUUUUUGUUUCUUUGUUGUUUUUUU